GCGCGCACACUCACACACACACUUCGUCUCCAGCUCUCUGCUCUCUCGGCUCGCAGUCACAGACACUUGAGCACACGCGUACACCCAGACAUCUUCGGGCUGCUAUUGGAUUGACUUUGAAGGUUCUGUGUGGGUUGCCGUGCCUGCAGCUUUGAAUCAAAUCAGGUGGAGAAGCACUUCAAGGCUGGCCGAAGUAAAGAUUUUUGUUAUUUUUUUUUCUCUCUCUCUUCCUCUCUUUUAAGAAAGGAAAAUAUUCCAAGGACUAAUCUGGUCGGUUCUUCCUCCAUGAACGAAUGCAGAGACUUGGGAACUGACCGGCGCAUGUGCUGAAGAAGGACUAUUGUUCGAAGGAAACAGGAAAGAGAAAGAAAAGGAAGGAAAAAAUACAUAAUUUCAGGAACGAGAGAGAGAAGAAACACGGGGACUAUGGGGAGAAAAAAGAUUCAGAUCACGAGGAUUAUGGAUGAGCGUAACAGACAGGUGACGUUUACAAAGAGGAAAUUUGGAUUGAUGAAGAAGGCUUAUGAGCUGAGUGUGCUGUGCGACUGUGAGAUUGCAUUGAUCAUCUUCAACAGCACCAACAAGCUGUUUCAGUAUGCCAGCACCGACAUGGACAAGGUGCUGCUGAAAUACACGGAGUACAACGAACCCCACGAGAGCCGGACCAACUCAGAUAUCGUGGAGACAUUGAGAAAGAAGGGCCUUAAUGGUUGUGACAGCCCAGAUCCCGAUGCGGACGAUUCAGUAGGUCACAGCCCUGAGUCUGAGGACAAGUACAGGAAAAUUAAUGAAGAUAUUGAUCUAAUGAUCAGCAGGCAAAGACUGUGUGCACUGAACAAGAAAGAAAACAAAGGCUGUGAAAGCCCUGGUCCUGACUCCUCUUAUGCACUCACCCCACGCACUGAAGAAAAAUACAAAAAAAUUAAUGAAGAAUUUGAUAAUAUGAUCAAGAGUCAUAAAAUUCCUGCUGUUCCACCGCCCAACUUUGAGAUGCCAGUUUCUAUCCCAGUGUCCAGCCAUAACAGUUUGGUAUACAGCAACCCUGUCAGCUCACUUGGAAACCCUAACCUUCUGCCACUGGCCCACCCUUCUCUGCAGAGGAACAGUAUGUCUCCUGGUGUGACACAUCGACCUCCAAGUGCAGGCAACACGGGUGGUCUGAUGGGUGGAGACCUCACAUCCGGUGCAGGCACCAGUGCAGGGAAUGGAUAUGGCAACCCCCGAAACUCACCAGGUCUGCUGGUCUCACCUGGUAACUUGAACAAGAAUAUACAAGCCAAAUCUCCUCCCCCUAUGAAUCUAGGGAUGAAUAAUCGUAAGCCAGAUCUCCGAGUUCUGAUUCCGCCCGGCAGCAAGAGCACGAUGCCAUCCGUGAAUCAAAGGAUAAAUAACUCCCAGUCGGCUCAGUCAUUGGCUACCCCAGUGGUUUCCGUAGCAACUCCUACUUUACCAGGACAAGGAAUGGGAGGAUAUCCAUCAGCCAUUUCAACAACAUAUGGUACUGAGUACUCACUGAGUAGUGCAGAUCUCUCAUCACUGUCCGGUUUCAACACGGCCAGUGCGCUUCAUCUUGGCUCGGUAACUGGCUGGCAACAGCAGCACCUACACAACAUGCCACCAUCUGCCCUCAGUCAGUUGGGAGCUUGCACUAGCACUCAUUUAUCUCAGAGUUCAAAUCUCUCCCUGCCUUCUACUCAAAGCCUCAACAUCAAGUCAGAACCUGUUUCUCCUCCUAGAGACCGUACCACCACCCCCUCGAGAUACCCACCACACACGCGCCACGAGGCGGGGAGGUCUCCUGUUGACAGCUUGAGCAGCUGUAGCAGUUCCUACGAUGGGAGCGACAGAGAGGAUCACCGGAACGAAUUCCACUCCCCCAUUGGACUCACCAGACCUUCGCCGGACGAAAGGGAAAGUCCCUCUGUCAAGCGCAUGCGACUCUCUGAAGGAUGGGCAACAUGAUCACAUUACUACUUAAUAGUUUUUUUUUUUUUCUUGCAGUGUGUGUGUGUGCUAUACCUUAAUGGGGAAGGGGGGGGUCGAUAUGCAUUAUAUGUGCCGUGUGUGAAAAAAAAAAAAAAAGUCAGGUACUCUGUUUUGUAAAAGUACUUUUAAAUUGCCUCAGUGAUACAGUGUAAAGAUAAACAGAAAUGCUGAGAUAAGCUUAGCACUUGAGUUGUACAACAGAACACUUGUACAAAAUAGAUUUUAAGGCUAACCUUCUUUUCACUGUUGUGCUCCUUUGCAAAAUGUAUGUUACAAUAGAUAGUGUCAUGUUGCAGGUUCAACGUUAUUUACAUGUAAAUAGACAAAAGGAAACAUUUGCCAAAAGCGGCAGAUCUUUACUGAAAGAGAGAGCAGCUGUUAUGCAACAUAUAGAAAAAAUGUAUAGACGUUUGGACAGACCCGGCAAGGGGUGGCCACUGGUAAAUGCUAGGAACAUGCACGGUCACCUACCAUCGGAGCACGCUCACAAACCUGCAGGCAUAUCAUUGGCGUAUGGCACUCAUUCAAAAGGAUCAGAAACCAUUCAAAGAGGACCAUACCUACUUUAAGAGAAAAGAAAAGUGUGGCGUUUGAGAGCAAAAGUAUUUAAUUAAAUAAAUAAAUCUGGGUCUGCAUCUCUUAUUAAAUAAAAAUAUAAAAAAUAUGUACAUUACAUUUUGCUUAUUUUCAUAUAAAAGGUAAGAAAGAGUUUGCAAAGCAUUUGUGGCUUUUUGUAGUUUACUUAAGCCAAAAUGUGUUUUUCCCCCUCACUAGCUUCGCUAAUAUUUUAAACAGUCCUGUAAAAACCCACAGAGGACUUUUUGUAUAGAGAGCGCUACCUUAACCCUGAGGCACUCCAUGCUUUGCUAACCAAGAUACCUGUUUCCUCUUUGUAGAAGUUUUGUUUUUGAAAUGUGUAUUUCUAAUUAUAUAAAAUAUUAAGAAUCUUUUAAAAAUCUGUGAAAUUAACAUGCUUGUGUAUAGCUUUCUAAUAUAUAUAAUAUUAUGGUAAUGGCAGAAGUUUUGUUUUCUUAAUAGCGGGAGGGGGGUAUAUUUUGUGCAGUCGCACAUUUGGAGUAACUAUUUUCUUUCUGGUUUCUUUUACUCUGCAUACAUUUUAUAAGUUCAAGGUCAGCUGUCAAAAGGAUAACCUGUGGGGUUAGAACAUAUUACAUUGCAACAUCCUAAAUUGUUUUUAAGACUUCAGCAAACAAUUAGCUCAACUGACAUCCGUUGUAUAUACUAAUUGGUUUCUUUCAAACUACUUUUUUGUUUUGUUUUUUGUUUUGUUCUUGCAUUUUAUCAAAAGCAGGGCCCCUUUCAGAUCGCUCCAUUUCACCACGCAUCUCGGAAUUCAGUAAGUUCGCAUCCUACCUAACUUGCCCAUAUUCUAAAUUUACGUAGUUCAUUUUCAGCCUUGAAUUUGAUGUUUCUUAAGAAAAAAAUAUAUAUAUGCUCAGAGUAAGGAGCUGUGUCGGAGCACAUGGCCUGCAAGCUGGGCCCUAGGGACAAGUGAUGUGCGUUUACUUGGUGGAUAAGUUACAGAUUUCUAUAGGAGAAAAAUGUGAAAGUCUGGGUGCUGGGAAGGAGGCAAAGAGUUAAAGGAUAGUUACUCGUCAUCCACCUUAACUGCCCCGAAACAAUCUUGUCAGCAGUAUAGGACUGUUGAACAGCCUGGUGUGUCAGGACCCCCAAUUGUCACUUCUGCAUAAAGCAUGUAUGUCACCUAUUUUUUUUCUUCAAUAAAGAGAUUUAACAGCCAUUUCAAGAAAUCCCAUUUUAAAAGAAACCUUUCUCUAUGUCCCUUUUAAAAAUUUUUCAACAUAAUUUAACUCUUGUCUAAUAUUCGUGUGUAGGGGAUUAAUUUACAGACCCUUUAAAACGUGAGUGCCAUAAGGAGUCAAUAUAUAGUGUUGACGUGAUGUUUCAGGCUAGGAGUGAUUUCCUGCUCUUGGAAUGUGAAGAUCUGUCGAUUCAUCUCCAGUCAUCAAUACUGGCAUACAGAGCAAAAAA